AAACUUGGGGACAACCCCACCCGUCUGGAGUUUGUGACUUUGUCAGGGAGCCUGAUGCCUGGCAGCAUUCAACAAGAUGGGCCAGUCUCUGAGCUGUGGGUGCCACAUCCCGGUGGCCGAUCGUGCCCUCUUGGGUGUAGCAGAUGCUGGUGGGUUCAUAGAGCUCUUCCAACUGGCGGGGUCCGAGGAGAGUACCUUCACCCUGGAGCCGUGUGCCCGCGUUGCCCUGGACAAGCAGUGUCUGGCCUUGUCCCUGGAUUGGUCCACUGGGAGAGCAGGAAGGGCCAGUGACCAGUCCUUAAACAUCAUUAGCAGCGAUUCCAAGGGGCAGCUGCACCUCCUGAAGGUGGACGGGGCGGGGCCUGGACUGCAGUGUGUGGCCACGUGGCAGGCCCAUCACUUCGAGGCCUGGAUCGCUGCUUUCAAUUACUGGCAGACAGAAGUCGUGUAUUCAGGUGGGGACGACGGCCUUUUGAAAGGCUGGGACACCAGGAAACCUGCCACACCUGUGUUCACCAGCAACAGACACGCCAUGGGUGUGUGCAGCAUCCAGAGUAACCCCCACCAGGACUGCAUCUUGGCCACCGGGAGCUACGACGAGCACGUUCUGCUGUGGGACACCCGGAACAUGACGCAGCCGUUUGCUGACGUGCCUGUGCAGGGCGGGGUGUGGAGGCUCAGGUGGCACCCUCUGCACGGCCACCUGCUCCUGGCGGCCUGCAUGUACGGCGGCUUCAGGGUCCUCGACUGCAGGCAGGCAGUGGAGGAGAAGCAGGACAUGUGCACAGUCUCCGCGUCCCACAAGUUGCCCAGCUCACUGGUGUACGGAGCCGACUGGUCCUGGCUCACCUUCUGCCCUGUACCACAGUCCCAGCAGUUGUCCAACAUAGGGUCCUUUUCCUGCAGCGACCCAGGGGCCAGGACAGAAGACGUCGAGGUGGCAGGCCAGCCGGCAGGACCUCCCUCUCGCAGUUGUUUAGCAGACGAUGGUGGAGAGGGUUGGAUCAAGCCCCAGGUUGGAAAUAAGAAGAAGACUUCUCUCCAGCCAUCCACAGAGGGCAGGAAGGUCAGCAGCCAGCUGCAUACCCCAGGGACCAUGAUCUGUGACUAUGACCUGCAUGUGGAAACAGCAAACACUGACAUCAGCCUUCUAGCCACUUGCUCCUUCUAUGACCAUGUUCUUCACCUGUUGAAGUGGGAGAACAGCUGAGCGAGGGAACAGGGUGCUUGGUUUGAAAUCAUAAAGCCCGUGUCUGUGAUGAACUGCCCUCAGACCA